UCAGGACACACGUGUUCCGGUCUGUAACGCUACACACGUUAUUCUUAACUUUAUAAUAACGAAUGUCGUAUUAAAAUGAUUCUAAAAUAAAAUAUAAACUGAUAAAAUCAUUUAUAACAAUGUUUGAAAAUAUUUUAAUGUGUAUAUAAAUAAUGAAUUCCGGGAAAGUUUUUUAGUAUUGUGUGUUGGUUUUUAUUAUAAUAAUUUCAAUUUAAAAAUGACCUGUGUGAAGAUACCUUGAAUGUGGCUCUCGAGGAAUUAACCUAGUUUCAGUGUUGAGCGAACAGCGACGAUGACCGUCCGCGUUGAAAUAUGGAGAUGAAACGACAUGAUAAGCCGGGCAACUUGUCGCCCGUUAACCCGGCUGUCAAGAAAGACGAGGUAGGCAAGACGUCAAGAUCGAGUAGCAGGACGGAAAAGGAAAUUAAAGCUGACAAGUCACCAAGUGAUGAUGGUUUGAAGAGAGAGCGACGACUGUCCAGAGCUAGUGAAUGUUCGAGGGACACGUUUGAACGACAAGAUUCAAAAUCGACAUCGCUUAGUCCAAAAGUGUCACGAAAAUACUUCACCAACUGGAAACAAGCAUGCGAUAAAACAAAAGAUAAAACCAAGGAGUUGCUGAAAAGAUGGAGGACUUUGCCUGAGGCUGAGGGAGCGGAGGACCAGAUGCAGGCGGCAGGGCAGAGUGAAGAAGAGAAACAUCAUGGAUGGAGUGUACACGUCUGGACGACGUGGGUAAACCGAUGCAGUGAAGAUCUGGAGUGCUUAGACCUAGAAGAAGAACAACCUUUGGCUCAACUAAGUUCUGUGCAAUCAGACAAAAUGACUCUAUUUUUCACCGAGCUUCUCGACCACGACCGCGAUGAUGUCAUCUGUGAUCAGGACUUCGAUAACUUUUUUGAGAAGCUGGCCCACUUCGCCGACUGGUCGACAAACUCGUCCGAGUUUCACAUACUCUUGGAAGUUAAGAGGGAAUUCAUCGAGAAUUUCCUCAAUCCGUUGCCCCCCAAAUGGGCCGAAUUACCAUACUACAGACGAGUUUGCGGACCUGAAGCCGGAGGAAUACCGGGAAGGACGACGCUUGAAGGUUGGUUGGCGCGAUGGGCUUUACAUCUCAAUGGAAUGCGCCGAUUCGUCGAUCUGCCACUUUAUCUACAAUACCUCUGCAAGAUUCUUUUUCACGUUGUAGAUAGAGAAAAUGCAGGAGAAAUAAAGAAGCCAGCGCUCGCCGCGUUUUAUCGCUCCGUGAUCGGACUGCCAGCUAACAGGGUCGAAGAAAUUAUUGAUACUGCUUAUGACAGAAUGACCAGUAAUAGCUACCUAAUCCUCGAUUAUGGUACCUACGUUCACUGUUUCACUAACUGGUUGAUGGGGAAGAAUCCCAACGGUCCGGGGCAAUGGGUGCUCGUUCCGCCGAAGGAUUCCCUGCCACAGCCACCAUUUCCUGUAGACUAUAGCGCUUUAAACACCGAGCCAGCGAAAUUAGAACCUUAUGCUCCUGACAAGAAGACCAAUAGACAUUCAGUCAUUGUAUAGUCAAUUUUUACGGAUAAUAAUAGCAAUACAAUAUAUUAUCUAUAAGACUCAUUACUAAAAUACUAUUAGAAAGACUAAAUAGACAUAGGAUAAGUUGUUUAAUGUGAAAAAUAUUAUAAUGCACAAUUGAUACAAGAAAAAAGUUUAAUCGGCAAAUGACAAAAUAAACCAGAAAAACAAAAUUUAAUUACCUUUAUAUUAAUGAUCGACGAUAUAUUUUUCAUUGAGUAAUUUAUAUUUUGCCUUUUGAAUAUUUAUAAUUUAUUUAUAUUGAUUCUUUUAAUAUUUUAAUGGAAAUAUUAAAAAAAAGUUAUACUACCUAUAAAAAUAUACUAGUUAAAAUACUUACCUAAUACUAAAAGUGUUUUAUGCACUAACUGAACUAGUCGAAUUAACGUAAGAAAUAGAUUAAUGAAGAACAAUUCGCUUGCAUAUAAAAUAAAUCGCUUUACCCUUAACUUGUGCAAUUUGACCAAUUUGACAUUAGGUAUUUAGGAGCUUCAUAGUGUAAUUAAUAAUGUAAAUAAUUAGUCUAAAAAAAGAGGUAUUGUCUUGUAACUUAUAAUUAAUAAGUUACAUUAUAAGCCCACGGUUGCACGACACGGUAAACAAGAACUGCCUUAAAUUUAAGCGUUUUCACAUUUCACAAUACAGCCUUAUUUUAUACCUUAGAUGUAAUUUAUUGUAACUAUUAAUAUAAAUUCACUUGGAUCCACGUAAAUAAAUUAAUCCUUUAU